CCAACCCCUUCAACUCUGUAGUCCCGGCCGACCCUAGCACCGGCCGCCGCCGCCUCCGCUCCAGACGCCCUGCCGUGCCGCCUCCUCUCCACCUUGUACUACCUACCUCUUUCGAGUCCCAAUGCGGCACCCAAGGUCCGGCCCGGGGCAGAGGCGGGGCCGCGGGCCACGCCUCCCCGCGGCGACGCUCCGGAAGCAGCAGGCGGCGACGGCGAACGUGGACCAGGUCACCGGCGCCAGGAUCCCCAAGAGCUUCGUAUUCUCCCGCGGCAAGCUCCCCCCCACGCUCCGCCACCUCCAGCAGGACCUCCGCAAGCUCAUGCUCCCCUACACCGCCCUCAAUCUCAAGGAGAAGAAGCGGAAUAGCCUCAAGGACUUCGUCAACGUGGCCGGCCCGUUGGGUGUGACACAUUUCUUGAUCCUCUCCAACCCCAAGAGCCUGCCGCACUUGCGCUUCGCUAAGUUUCCCAAGGGCCCGACCUACACGUUUCAGAUAGAGGAGUACGCUCUCGCGGCCGAUAUCGCAAACUCCCAGAAGCGGCCGAGGUGCCCCCCAGGGAUAUUCAAGAACUCACCACUGGUCGUACUCAGCGGCUUUACAGGUCUUGGCGAGCCUUUCAAGAGUUUGGUUACCUACUUUCAGCAUAUGGUCCCUGUCAUUGAUCCAAAUACUGUUAAGCUGGCAACCUGUCAAAGGAUUCUGUUGUUAAAAUAUGACAAAGAGAAGGAGGUUAUCGAUUUCCGGCAUUACUCCAUCAAGCUCCAACCUGUUGGGGUCAGUCGCAGGAUUACAAAGCUCAUGCAGAACAAUCAAGUGCCUGAUCUGAGGGACCUUAAAGAUGUUAGUGAUUAUGUGACAAAAGCUGGAUAUGGAUCAGAAAGUGAAGUAGAUGAUGAAGCAGCAACUGUAAGCCUAGCGACUGAUAUUGACAAAUUAAAUCAGGCAUCAAGAAAAAGUGCUGUCAGACUCCAGGAGAUCGGACCAAGGAUGACUAUGCGCUUAGUUAAAGUUGAAUCUGGGCUAUGUUCUGGAGAUGUCUUGUACCCUCAACCUGUGGUAAAGGAAAACAUUGGGACAAAGGAGAAAGGAAUUCACGAAGAGAUGGAAGGAGGACAAGAAGCGGGCGAUGUUGUUGAGUCUGCUGAUGGUUCUGAGGACGAACCAGAGGAUGAGUCCGAGGACGAGAUGGAAGAGGAAUAGAUAAGCUCAUCGUAUCGAAGCACUGACCACCUGGCACCUGCCGAUAAGGAUAGCCAGCAAUGUGAAUUCACUGCUGUCUUGCAACAAGAUACAUCGGAGCUUGGUUUCAUCUCCAGAAAAAAAUAGUGGUGAAGCACAUGCAAAGACAAUUCUGGACGUUUGAUGCUAAAUCAACGGGCUUUAAUUUGAGUGCAGCUUAAAGUUGAAUAUUGUUUUGUGAAUGCUAACGUACAAUCCUGAACGUUAAAAUAGUGAUGAAGCACAUGCAAGGACAGUUCUGGACGUUUGAUGCUAAAUCAACCGGCUUUAAUUUGAGUGCAGCUUAAAGUUGAAUAUUGUUUUGCGAAUGCUAAAUCAAGGACAAUCCUGGAUGUUUGAUGCUAAACAAUUAUAUCUUAAUGUUGAAGCUAUAGUUUGCUG